AUGACCCUGGCAGCUUCCUCCCAGCGCUCUGAAAGCAUUCGCUCCAAGUUCCGAUCCGUCCUCCAGCUGCGGAUCCACAGACGCUAUCAAGACCCGAGCCUCUUAGGCUCCUUCAUCUUCUGUCCAGUCUCGGCUCCAGAUCCGUGGAUCUCAGCCUCAGGCCCCGCUGCUCUGGCCCACACCCCAGUCUCUCCUUCGCCUUCUGCCCCCUUCCUCUUCAGCCCUGGGGUCCUGCAUCCUGAGUCAGAAUACGGCCUGUGGAAGUCUCCCAAGAAGGAGUCUUUUAAGAUCACCCAACGUUGGAAGAAACCCAAGCCCAAGGGGAACUUGACCUACCACCAAUACAUGCCCUCAGAGCCAAGACAAAGGUCUAGGGGAGACCCCCUGGCAGAGGAGAAGGCCCUGGGACCCCCAGGACCACCCCUGUGGGAAGGGACAAACUCACGGCAACCAUCCCCUAGGAUGAAGCCUAUUCCCACGACUCCCUCUCCACCCGGAGCCCCCAGUCCCUCGCCCCCGCCACACAAGUUGGAACUUCAGACCCUUAAGCUGGAGGAACUAACGGUCUCAGAGCUCCGGCAGCAGCUGCGCCUGCGAGGCCUCCCAGUGUCGGGGACCAAGUCUAUGCUCCUGGAACGCAUGCGCGGCGGCGCUCCGCCCCGUGAGCGGCUGAAGCCACGGCGCGAGGACAAUCCCGCGGUGGCUCCCUGGCCCCGCCUCAGGCCCAAGGCCCUUGGAGCCGCUCGGCGGCAGGCCCCGUUCAAGUCUGGUCCAGUGUCCGGCCCGCCGCCUCUUCCGCGAGCCCCGGACACCCUAGUGGCGGCCCCGGCUCCUGCUUCGGCCCUGACCCCUUCCUCAGCGCCAACGUCUGCGGCAAUGACCCUGGAGGAAGAGCUGCAGGAAGCGAUCCGGAGAGCGCAGCUGCUUCCGAACCGGGGCAUCGAUGACAUCCUGGAGGAUGCGGUGGAGCCUGAGGACCCGCUACCCCCCAUCCCCCUGGACUUCCCUGGCUCCUUCGAUGUGCUGUCCCCAUCUCCGGACUCUGAAGGCCUCUCAUCUGUCUUCUCUUCUUCACUCCCUUCCCCCACGAACUCCCCAGCCCCUGCUCCCAGGGGCCCUAUGGACUCUUUGGACUGGUUGGAGGCACUGAGUGGAGGUCCCCCACUGGGCUGCGGGCCCCCAACCCCCAGCAUCUUCUCUGCCGACUUCUCUGACUCCAGUGGUACCCGGCUGUGGGACCUACUGGAGGGCCCAUGGUGA